GCCGCCCACAAGAUUUCGAUCGCAGAGCGGGCCAUACUCUCGCAUCGAUCGAAUAGGCUAUAUUUAAGCUCAGCCUUGAGCAUCGCUGCGCUGCGCAAGACCAUCGCUGCAACGACAGCGCGUCUAGUGCCGCCCAACAAGAGAUCUGCACAGAGAGCCUGCAGCCCGCCGCGCAAGAACAAAGCAGCCAUGGGCCUCGAGAACCCCCAGAUGCCCGAGCUCGAGGACCAGCCCGAGCCCGAGCCCCUGCCGCCGUCGCGGAACCAGCAACCGCGAGCCGUGUAUAAUGCGGAAGGCGACGCGCGAGCGGCCCUCGAGCGCUACAACCAGGACUUCGGCGACGACGCGUCCACCGAUUCGAGCGGCUACUCUUCCGACGGGGACCAGCCCCGAGAUUUAUAUGAAGAUCAAUCAGUGAUAAAGCAGCGAGUCACGCCGGGCGAGGGCUGGGAGACGCCGAAGGAGCUGUGCAAGUGCGAGGUCUCGUACAAGGUCUGGUCCGGCACGGGUGUGAACAUGAAGACUCAUACCGAAGAAACAACCUGUACUUUAUGUAUUGAUGAGGGUCAAAGCCCGAUUGGUUUUUUUGAUGACGUGUUGAAGACCAUGCGUAAAAAGGAAGUUUGUGAUGUGGUCGUGAAGAAGGGUGCCGAGGAGGGUCUGCCGACUGAUGAGGAUUCUACCGUACGAUUAACUUUGUUGGAUUUCGACAAAGCUCCCGUGUCGCACGAGAUGGCAGAUGACACUGAGAGACUGGCCCACAUCCAAUCACUGAAGGACAAUGGAAAUAAUUGGUUCAAGAAGGGCGACUUCCAGCGGGCUAAAAGGAGAUAUGAAAGUGCCGUUUACUUCGGCGAGUACGAGUCGGACGAGGUCCGUGGCUCAGUGUCUGUUUCUGAGGUUUUCUGAACUUCAAGUCGCGUCGAUGGCGUCUUCGUGAUCAUCAGAGCGUCCACGGGCAGCGCGAGUACGCUGUCGUUCGACACAGGUCAAGGCAUCGCUGACACCACUCUACGGCAAUUUGGCAGCAGUAGCGUCCUCCAUGAAGGACUGGCCGUCGUGCGUCGAGCAGUGCGACAAAGUACUUAAGAAGGAUGCGGACAACGUCAAGGCCCUCUACCGCAAAGGCGUCGCGCUCGGCAAGACCAAGGACUUCGACGAGGCGAUUUCGUGCUUGAAGAAAGCGGUGGCGCUGGACGCUACGAAUGUAGCGUCCAAAAGAGCAUUGAGAGACGUCGUCGCCGCGAAAAAGACGCAGCAGAAACAACUGAAGAACACCUAUGGCGGCAUGUUCUCGAAGCUCGAGGGCUUCGCGUCCAGUAAUAGGCCCAAGGAACCCCGCAAGAUAGAUGACUACGACGAUCUCAGUGAUGAGGAUUACGACCUCGCGAAGCCCGGUGCGAACCCUCUGGCACCGGUAGACCACCAGAAGGGCCUGAAGCGGGCCUUCUUCGACAUUUCCAUCGAUGGCAUCAGUAAGGGUAGAAUUCUCAUGGAGUUGUACGAUGAUACGGUCCCGAAAACGGUGAACAAUUUUCUGGCCAUCUGCAACGGGUACGAGUCGUUGCAUUACCAGGGCUGUUCGUUCCAUCGGGUCAUCAAGGAUUUCAUGAUCCAAGGGGGAGAUGUGACCAAGGGUGAUGGGACGGGAGGUGCUUCUAUCUACGGCGGUAAAUUUGAUGACGAGGCGUUCAUCGAUACGCAUAAUGAGCCUUACCUAUUGUCCAUGGCCAAUGCUGGGAGACAUACGAACGGCUCGCAGUUCUUCAUUACCACUGUCAAAUGUCCUCAUCUCGACGGGAAGCAUGUGGUCUUCGGGCGCGUCGUGAGUGGUGUCGAUAUAGUGCAGGCCAUCGAGAGUGUUGACGUGGAUGAUUCAGAUAAGCCCCUCAAGGCUUGCACGAUCACGGCGUCGGGGGAGCUGCCCGCGCUGACGGGGGACGAGGACGCGAGCGACGCGCCCUAGCGAGUAAUGGGGUUUUAGUUUA